AUGGAAAAUAAAAUAAAAGAAGAAAUUUUGGAUUAUAUAUCAAAUAAUUUAUCAUCUAUACAAUUCAAGUCAUUGAGAGAGAACGAGGUUGAAGCGACUGAUGACGAAAAAUUAUCCGUGAUAAAACAAACAUUGAGAAAUGAUCCCGCAUUGUUUUUAACAAGGUGGGGUAAAUUUUUACCUAAAAAUGAAUUAGAAAAAUUCGAGUGUUUAAGAAAUGAUUAUGAAGUAAAUUGGUAUUUAAACAAAUUACUUUCUACACAAAAUCGAAAUACAAUCUCUUCAUCAAUAGCAAGUGAACCUCCAAUAAUAUCAAGGCAACUUUUACCAAAUUCAAGGCAUAAUAAACAAAUUCUUAAUAGAAGAUUUAAAUAUCUUACAACAAAACUCGACAAUACGUCAUAUUUUAGUAAUGAAGCAAUGGAAAUGAGAGAACCAAGUUUAUAUGAAGAUUAUGUUGGUCAAUAUAUUCCUGAAGAAGAAAGAUAUCAACCAUUUGAUGAUGAUGUUAAUUUAAUCAAUAGAGUUUAUUAUGAUCUAGAUCAAAAUUAUAUUCACGAUAGUGUGACAUCUGCUGUGAAUAACGAAGUUCCGCAGAUAUCUGAUGAAGAAAAGGAACAACUUCGAGCUGAUCUUGUGGAUAUAAUGAGAGAGAAAUUCAUGUCUGGUGAAGAUCCCGACUUUGAUUAUGAUUCGGUAGAUUUUAAUGAGGAAUACGAUGAUAUUUAUACGCAAGAACAAGAAAUACAUGAGAAAUAUUUUGAUAAUGAGGAACCAAAUGACACUGAAAUUGAAAAUGGAACUGGAGAAUAUGAUUAUUAA